UCCCAUUCAAUGUUAAUCAAGCUCCUUAGUCGAAGCUUAUACACGUGGACAUUGCUUCUCGAGAAGUUGCGCUUGAUACAACGACAUGAAUACCCUACGUUUAUAGGUGCCGACUUAUGGCGUCUCGAUAUGCCACCACAGACAAGUCUGACCAACGAGGUAUGCAUCAAUAGCAACUAUGCCUAACGUGGGACGACCAAGUCGAGAUUGCCAUCUCUGCAGGCAGCGUAGGGUCAAAUGCGACCUGCUCCGGCCAGAAUGCGGCAAGUGUGUUCGUCUCGGAAGGAAAUGCCCUGGGUACCGUAAAGAGCGUGAUAUGCUCUUCAAAGUCGAGAAUGCCAACACCUUCGUCAAGAACGCCACACGAGACCGCCGCAGAAGACCAGAAAAGCCUGUUCUCGAGCCUGUCUCGGAAUUGGCUACAAGUGAAAAUGCCUUGGUGGCUCGUCCGGACGAUAUAAAUACUGUAAAGGCGUCAAACUUGGAUGAGAUCAUUAGGAUACUCAUGGGAUAUUGUCCAGCACCUUCAAAUGGCCUUCCAGAAAAUUGGGACAAUCACACCGUACCUUUUUUCCUUCGCAAGUUCUGUACACCCCGAGUCUUUCCACGCCCCAGGGGCUUCCUGGGCUUUCUCCCGGCCAUGGUGUCUUCGGCUCCCCCACAGUCUAGCCUGGUCUCAACCUGCAAAGCUAUUGCUUAUGCUCUCUUCGCGCAUCAUCUUCGUACGCCCGACGCCCAAUCACGGCGUGCAAUUGCCUAUGGAGAUGCUCUGAUUGCCACGAAUCAAGCUCUUCAAGACCAACGUGAGAGAUUGAGAGAUGAAACUCUGACCGCCAUCUGGUUGUUGAGCAUCUAUGAGAUCAUGGUUGGCUCAGUCGCCAUGCAUCAAGAGGGUGGAGCGGUUGGCUGGGAGGCACACCUCAAGGGCAUCAUCACAUUGUUGCGUCUGCGAACGACUAACUGUCUGAAGACACCGACUGAGAGAAAUCUCUUCUUUGUGAUAUACAACACCAUUCAAAUUCAGUCGUUUGCGUCUGGCAUUCCGUGUCCCCCAGAAUCAAUCGCUUGGUUUGCGGAGCUGGAGAAUAACAUCUGGCCCGAUGAACUUUAUAGCCUGCAAGUCUGCCGGUAUGGGUAUGAGGCUUCAGUCACAUGUGCAAAAAUUCGAGAGAUCCUCAACAGCAGGCAAACCGUGAGCUUGCCAGAUAUUGUGGAACUGCUCCUCGAGUCCGAGUCUCUGGAUCUGAAGAGUGCCUAUCUGCUGUCACCAGGUUUGCCGGUACCAUUUCCUGAGUCAGGUGGCAACAAGGAGGGUCAAAUAUGUGUCGUCACCGAUCUCCGGACCCUGACGACGAGGACAUUCUUUUGUGCAUUUCGCCUGAAGCUGCAUCUGAGCCGAUUACAACUUCUUCAGGAUCCCAGAAUAUCCCAACUUGAACCGACUGGCUUCCAGAAUACCUGUCGUCAACUAGUGAGCACUGUUCAAGAGGUGGCGGACGAGAUCCUGUCGGUCAAGUCUGUCCUUUUUUCAACCCAGGCUCAUAAAUUGAAGCCUUUUAAUGUUGAGGCUGUGACGAAAUCACGGCAGUGGACAGAUGGCAUUCGCGUAUUGUGGCCCUUGAAAAUGGUUGCAGCAUGCAAAUUCAUGCGUGCAGAACAGAGAGCAAAUGCCGUACUGACACUACAAUUCAUCCGAGACGGACUUAGCCUUCAGGAAGCAGGAGACCUACAUAUGGACUGAGAUUCUGAGCACAACGGGCAGACAAUGAUAGAGUCGGCGCUGAGGGAUGCUACUUCCAAACUAGGGAUUGGACGUACUGGAGUUCCAUCUGACAUGCAGAUUUGUCAACAUGCAUUGCCAAAAAGCCCAUCUUACUUGCAGCUCCCUUGGACAUGUCCAAAUGGGGAUCAAAAGUGAGUUCUGACAUCCGGAGCAGGCUUCGAUGCUUCGAUGUCCCGUUUAUAUGUCGCUAUAAUACUAAAAUGUCAAUACCGAAGAAGCGAGGUGGCUAUUGAUAGACUCUGUGGAUUCGGGAGAUCAUCAAAGUUCAAGUGUCCGUGUUGUUCAGCUAUCUAAAAG